AUGGAUUCGAAUAUCGAAAAGACAAAGCACUUAAAUGCGGUGUACUUAGGUGUUCAAAGACGAAAUGUUGUGACCGAGCCCAUUAAAACAAAGCAACCGGUACAAGGUUUCUACGUUUCGACAUUUGCAAUGCGUACACAUCUUGAAAUGAAAAAGCAAUCAAAGUCUUCUGAACCGGUUGGGGAAAACAGCAAUUAUUGCAGAAUACCAUUUGGUCCAGCGAUGGGACAUUCGCUUCCGCACCUGCAGGAUUCAAACAAGUCUUCAUUAUUGGCAUCGAGCAUGAACAUAUGUUUUUUCCGUGCGUGUAUGCAUUUU